AGAGCCGCCAGCAAGCCAACAAGCACGAAAGUGGAGGGAGCGCAGCAAGAAAUGAGAGCGUAAGUCUGUCCGCAGUUUGCGCUGUGCACAAGAAAGAGACGACGACAUCACCACUGUUGAUAUCGUAUCAGGACAAACCAUCGCAUCAUCCUUGUCUUACCGUAGAGCGAGCGACAGCAGCAGAUAGAAGAAGGAGUAGCUACUAGCUAGCUGGUUAGCUACUAGUAUUGUUUGAAGUGAUGGUGUUCUUAUUUUGUAGUCGACCAAGUGUCUUGGCGCCUUGGUCUGAUUCUGAUUGUGAUUCGGCUUCUAGUAGUGCUAGUGCUAGUCCUGCUGCUACUCUAUACUGUGCAGGGAUAUUCUCGCCGUCGCAGUCACCUCCAUUACUACAAACAAACAGAAAGGAUCCUUUGAUGAUAGUACAAGAAGAGGAGGAGAAGAAGGAGGGACAUCAAGAUCAAGAUCAAGAACAGUCAAGCGUGGAAGAGACCGUGGAAGACGAAGAAGAAGGCUGGGAGUCCACUACACCAGUGCCGGUGGUAACCAAGAGAACUCAUCCGAAGACUCUAGCCAUUGUGCCAGACACUCCCACUACGGCAAAUACCACCAUGAUGUCGAUAGACUCUCAAGUGUACGACGAUGACAUCACGGCCGUGGCAGACAAUCGUGGAGGAACAGUCCAAUCGGUGGGUGCUUCUAGUAUGGACUUGGUCAGUGCCAACAGUUGGUUGUCCCACAAUCACUAUAUAGAAGAUGAUCCGUUUCUGGAAGAGUCAGAUGAAUCCAGUGCAGGAAAUUGGGAGCCUAUUCUAGACCCUGAUCUUGAAGAUGAAGAAGAGCAAGAAAAUCAGACCAUCACACUCUUUCCAACAGCACCUCAAUCACAAGAAAUACAAGAUUAUGAUGUAGAGGUUGAAAUUGACUUGGAAUCUGCCAUUUUGCCUCUGCUCCAAGAAAAAUCAACCAUGCCUUAUCAAAACAGGCAGGCAAGGUCAGCAGCAGCAGCUGUGACUGCUACUUCUUCUUCAACAGACAAGUCCAAACAAGACACUGGGAAAAACAGGUUCACCAAAAUUCUUGUCAUCAAUGUGAUUGUCACCAUUCUCAUGGCCACGGGAAUCUUGGAUGUGGACGAUCUUCUUUCCAGACCCAUUUUCAGUUUCACACACUACCAAAACAACUACAACCCAGAUCAACCGCACCUUGCCAGCUUUUUGUUUCUACAAAGAGACACGGGCAAUUCAUCCACAAUACCAACAAGACAGCAAAGAACACUGCGAAGGAAUACUCGACGAACGGUCAAGUCUCACGAGACGACCGUCACUACACAAAAACGAGAGUAUCAAAACAGUACCUUUGCCAAGCACACUCCUUGGUUGGAAGAUUUGAAUGACGAAGAGCCCCAGUUUCAAGGACUGUUGCGCACCGAUAGCAUCUUUUUCAAAAUCAGUACCAACACCCACAACAAGAAGAAGACGACCACGCCACAGUUGGAGGACGACACGAAUUGGACGCAACGGCUACAGACGCUGCGAGGACAUGCCGCUGUCCAACAAGAACAACGGCCGCCGGUUGUGGUGUUGCUAUGGAGAGUUCUAUCGGAACAGUACAAGAAGCUGGAUAUCAAGGUGCGAGGACACUCGCAAUUGGCUCAGUUCAAGCAACAGCAGCGUCAGUUGCAAGUGGCAAGAACCCUGCUGGUGUCGUAAAACGCAAGAGGCGAUCGAUUCCUCGAGCGGUUCAUGAUGAUUGAUUCGACUGCAGCUCGCGAGACAACCCUUGUCGUGCGAGCUGGCGUGCCUUGCAAGCGACCGAAGAACGACCACACACGACGAUGCCCACACCCCAAAAAAUAUUGGACUGGCUCUUAUUUUUGAUUCCAUCCAAUGAGGCAUCCGUUGCUCUUUCUGGUCGCGGCACUGGUAAUGACACGGUGGAAUACAGUUAGGUAGUGUUCAUGGUAAUGUAUAAUAACAGUGUAGACUUUUUGCUCGACUCGU